GAAGAAGAUGGCUGCUGCUGCAGGGUUGGCUCAGAAGGUGCGCUGCUUCAGCACCUCCCUAAUCAGGCCAGCAUCAAAACUGGUACAGCCACCAAUUCAAGUAUAUGGCCUUGAAGGUCGGUAUGCCACUGCACUCUUCUCUGCUGCUUCUAAGCAGAAGAAGUUGGACCAGAUUGAGAAAGAGCUGACUCGAGUUCUGACACUUCUGAAGGACCCUAAAUUAUCUGUCAUUGUCCUGAAUCCUCAUGUAAAGAGUGCACAAAAGCAAAAGGCCGUGAAUGAUAUUUUAGCUAAAGAGAAAAUGUCACCCGUCACUGUCAACUUUUUCAAUUUGCUCGCCGAAAAUGGUCGCUUGAAAAACACGCCAGGUGUAAUUUCUGCAUUUGCUAAGAUUAUGAGUGCAUUCCGUGGAGAAGUUAUAUGCUCUGUAACCACUGCUCAGCCCUUGGAUGAAGCUAAUCUUACGGAGUUGAAGACAGCUUUGAAUGGCUUUAUAGCUAAAGGAGAAAUACUGAAACUGGAGAUAAAGACUGACCCAACAAUCUUGGGUGGAAUGGUUGUCAGCAUUGGAGAGAAAUGCGUUGACAUGUCGACAAAGACCAAGAUUCAGAAACUAAGCAAGCUCAUGAGAGAGACUGUCUAAACAUCUCAAGACACUUCUCCCUCCCCCAUAAAAACCUAGUCAGUUGUAUGAUGAAAACAAUAAAAAUGGUUCUCCUUAAGCAGUUGUUGGUGCUUCAGUGUUUGGAUUUGGUAGUUUGAAAUGGAUCAAUAUUUAGUGUUCCUUUGCCUUUUAAGUCACCAUCUCAGAACCUUUUUGCAAGAAUUAUUCCUUUAUCAUAGGUUUGCUGUUAAGAGCUAGUGACUGCAAAAUUGGCAGUUGCAAUCGUAUUGAAAUUUGUUUCUUGGUUCUGACAAAUGUUUUCCCCACCCUCGAAACUGACUGAUGCUCUUAUGGUCCAGCAUACUUUUAAAGUGGCACUUUUGAAUGAUUAUUUUUCAAUGAU